AUGCGAGACGACACGAAAGCUCGCAAAUCCUACGUCAAUCAUUACUCCAACCUUCAUCGUCAUGGUUGUUAUUUGUCCAAGGGCAAAGAGCUGAGUUUUAGAGAGGUAGCUAUGAGUUUCAGAGAAGAGAACGACGAUGGGAGGGGAGAUCUCAGGAAGCCAUUUCUUCAUACGGGAAGUUGGUACAGAAUGGGUUCGAGGCAAUCCAGUAUGAUGACCUCGUCUCAGGUUAUCCGUGACAAUUCUAUAUCUGUUCUCGCCUGCGUCCUGAUCGUCGCCUUGGGCCCUAUCCAGUUUGGUUUCACUAGUGGUUAUUCUUCGCCUACCCAGUCUGCAAUUACCAAAGAUCUUAAACUUACUGUGUCCGAGUUCUCUUUGUUCGGUUCUUUGGCUAAUGUGGGUGCUAUGGUUGGGGCAGUAGCUAGCGGUCAGAUUGCCGAGUAUAUUGGGCGAAAAGGGUCUUUGAUGAUCGCAGCAAUCCCUAAUAUCAUUGGCUGGCUUGCCAUAUCAUUUGCCAGAGAUUCUUCAUUUCUGUACAUGGGAAGGUUGUUGGAAGGGUUUGGUGUGGGAAUAAUCUCUUACACGGUGCCUGUGUAUAUUGCUGAGAUUGCACCGCAAAACAUGAGAGGGGGGCUGGGUUCAGUGAACCAGCUCUCUGUCACUAUUGGAAUAAUGCUGUCAUACUUGCUGGGGCUUUUUGUUAAUUGGAGAGCACUUGCAGUUCUGGGAAUAUUACCUUGUCUAAUAUUGAUUCCUGGACUAUUUUUUAUUCCAGAAUCUCCUCGUUGGUUGGCAAAAAUGGGCAUGACGGAUGAUUUUGAAGCAUCUUUGCAAGUUCUUCGGGGGUUUGAUGCUGAUAUUUCUCUUGAAGUUAAUGAAAUCAAGAGGUCUGUAGCAUCAUCAACAAACAGAAGAACUGCAAUCCGUUUUGCGGACCUGAAACUAAGAAGAUAUUGGCUACCUUUGAUGAUAGGAAUCGGAUUACUUAUGCUGCAGCAACUAAGUGGGACUAAUGGUGUACUCUUCUAUGCCAGUACUAUUUUUCAAGCUGCUGGGAUUUCAUCAAGUAAUGCUGCUACAUGUGCGCUUGGUGCGGUCCAGGUUAUUGCCACUGCAGUUGCUACAUGGUUGGUGGACAAAACAGGCCGUAGGCUUUUACUUCUUGUCUCCUCCUCUGGCAUGGCUCUUAGCCUCCUAGUUGUUGCAGUUUCAUUUUUUGUGAAGGAUUUUGUCUCCGAUAGUUCUAAUGUCUACAGUGUAAUGGGCAUUCUAUCUGUAGUUGGGGUAGUGGGUAUGAUCGUCACCUUUUCUCUUGGAAUGGGGCCCAUCCCAUGGAUUAUAAUGUCUGAGAUUCUUCCAGUAAAAAUAAAAAGCCUUGCAGGAAGUGUGGCAACGUUAGCUAACUGGUUCGCUUCCUGGGUGAUCACGAUGACUGCACCCUUGCUAUUAUCUUGGAGCAAUGGAGGAACCUUCACCUUCUACAUGCUUAUGUGUGCUAUUACUGUGGCAUUUGUGGCGAUUUGGGUUCCUGAGACAAAGGGAAAAACUCUGGAGGAGAUCCAGUUUUCCUUCAGAUGAUGAGAAAAUGUUUACCGUUGUCCUGUCUCCCAUUUCGCAGGAUUCCACAAAUGUUGUGCACAUGUAAUGUUUGCUUUUUCUCUAUCGUUUCCUCUAUUUUUUUUUCUUGUUCACGUUUUUUGAAUUAUUGACUACAAUAAAGCAGCUAUAAUUUUCAUUUACCAUGCAUACGACCAUUUGGAUUCCUCAUGUUGUACCACUCCACUUCUUCAUGAGUUCUUCCUAUAAAUUUUAGUAUUAUUUAUUUUGUAUGUCCAGUUGUUUCUGAAAUAUAUCUUGAAUUGUAGAAGUGAACGGCUUAUGCGAUAGUUGGUGUCGAUGGCUAAAACUUGUAACACGUAAAGACUAUUCUUAUAGUUGAAAU